AUGGCUCCCGCUCCCAGAGCUGGCGGCGGCUUGCUCGCCGCCCCGAGUCCCUCGAGUGACACUAGCAAGUACUUCAUUUUCUCCCAUGAUUCGGGGAGGACACCGGAUCCAAACACAAAGGUUCUUUCCAAGGACGAGGCCAACUUGAACAGCUUUCUCGAUCAGCUACCCGACAAGGGCAUCACGCUCAGCCAGCAGCCGUCAGAUAAAGUGGCAGAGCUGGAUGCCAGUGACGCCUGGAAGACGUGGAUGACCAACUGGGACGCUAAUUGCGCCCUGUCCAUCACAGUCGAUGACAGUAUCAGCAUGAAUAUACAGUCCUUUGAAUUUCACUUGACCGCGCCGUACGACCUGACGUUUAGCUCCGGGCCUGAUGCCCUCAUUUUCUCCUUCGGCACCAAUGCGAGCGGAAUCCCUUCCCCUGGAAUCAAAAGUGAUGGUUCUACGCUGUACUUCGGGCUAGAUCCCCGCCAGUCCAAAGGCGUCAACACAACAAUCAAGGACGUCUUCUCUUUUGCCAAUAUCAAGAAUGGCAUUGAACAAUUUCCAGAUCUUGUACCCGGAUUAGAAGCAACAUUAGACCCAAAAGAAGCCAAUGAGAAAAGAAAUGCCAUCUGGUUCACUCCUGGUAGAUAUCUCAGCACAGCCAUCAGGCUCCAGUUCGAAAUCAAAAACACAGAAGGGUUCCAAAAGGUCUUGGCAGAAGAGUUGCACGGCCUCGCAUUCACAAGCGUCGAGCUCAUCUGCAAGAAAGAGACGAUUUUAGGCGACGCUUCGACAGAAGAAGAAGCCGUCUCAAUCGGUACCGUCGUCUUUGAGAUGAGCGGCUCAAUCACACCCGCGGGUAGGACUGGCACCGACAUAAUUCUGGCGCUAGAAGUAUGUGAAACUCAACUUAAUCUCACAAUCAGCGUGAAGGAUCCUUCAAACGAAAAUGUUUUCACAGACAUGAUUGCUUGGCUCUUGGACUUACUACCGCAGGGUAGCGGAGUGGACGGGUUUCAGACACUGCUUGACAAGGACGAUAUUUUCAGCGGUUACAUUCAUCUCCGUCGGCUCAGGAUCGUCCUUGCUUCGGCCGGGCAAGGCUCCCCGAAGCUUUCGAGUGUCAAGGUGGACGUCGAAGUAUCUGGCAAUUUUGGCAACGCCAACAAGCCACAGAGGGCCCCAUUCCUGGUCUCGUACAGCUGGGAUGCUGAUGUAGGCCAGCUGGGGUCCAUCGUGGGGGACUUCUGGAACUGGUACGUAACCUCGACCGAGAGCUUCAUCACUCCUCAAUACGAGAGCUUCUCCGAUCUGCAGCCACUCACCACCAACCCUGUGAAGGUGCUCGACCUGGUAACCCUGAUCCCUGGCGUUGACAACAUUCCAGACAUACCUACUACCGUGCCAACGGAAAUCUCCAGUGCUUGCAUAUUCCUCUCAAAAGAUACCUUUACCAUACGGACAACAAUCGAGUCAAAGGACCACGAGGGAGGCGAUGUGCCUGGCAACGUGCCCAGCAUUGAUUUGGGCCAGAUCGAUCUCGACGCAUCGUUCAGCUGGGGAGCGAGAAAUUUCAAAAUUUGCCUGGCUUUUACUACAAUUCUGGUUCCCAGUCAGAGCUCCAAACAUGAGGGGCUUGCCUACCUUGCCGGUACCGUCACGUACGAUUCAUCCCAAGGCUGGCAGCUAGAGGCGUCACUCGAUGGCUUGUAUGCCUCGACUCUCUGCGAGUUCUUUGAUGAGGCUUCGGCCGAUCAUGUUUUGCCCUUGCUUGAUUCACUGAAGAUAUCUAAAAUGCAUUUGUUGUACAAAUACGAAAGGGGGGGCGCUGAAGGACGCUCUGUCGGUAGUUCUUUUGAUUUUUCUGGUGCCCUACUUGUCGCGGAUCUUGAGCUGGAUGUCGCCUUUCAUUUUGACAACAAAAAUGGGUGGAAUUUCACAGCUGACUUGAAAGCCGCCAAGGACAAGACAACAAUCGGUGAAAUCCUGGCGAGCAUGCUAGGCGAUGAUGAUCUCUCUUUGCCGCCUUUCCUGGCCGACACUGUCUUCAAUGGCGACAAGGCGUCCGGCAGCGAAUUUCAUCUAGAAGUGUGCAAGAGCAAAGCCGGGUUCCAUCUGCUCACCAACAUAGUCUUUAGCCCGGUGGAGAUCGUCUUUGCUCAGUUCCACUCAAACGAAUGGCCUGCCUCGACCCCAUCCAAGCGACUUGUCAAGGCUGGGAUGAUGGCGCUGCCGUCAGUGUCGAUCCCGCUGAUCGGGGACUUGACUCAACCCUUUGAUGAAAUGUACCUACUCUGGGUACAAGACGCUGCCGGCAUUCCCAAGAGCAAGCAGGCCCAGCCAGGGCUGACCGUGUCUGAAGUCGAUGAUCUCAACGCAUCUCUUGGCGAUUGCCCACUAGUUUACUCGAACAAGUCCAAAUCCCCCAAGGACACCGAUGUAAUUAUUACCUCGGGAGCGCACUUCUGUGUCGUACUCAAAGACUCCAACAAUGCCCGCAAACUGGUUUUGGACUACAACUUCAAGAGGACACAACCAAAGUCUCAACCAAAUUCCCAAGCACAGUCUCAACCAAAGUCUCAGAGCCAAGCUUCUAGUGCGACGAAGCCAGCAGUCGAGGGUGUAGGCGAGGAUGGAACGGAUUCCGACUCGGACGGCGGCAGCUCCUCUGCACCUUUCAAAAAGAAGUCCGGACCACUAUCAAUCAGUAACUUGGGCCUCAAGUACGCCAACAAGAAGUUACAAAUCAUGCUCACAGCCACGAUGGAGCUCGGCCCGGUUGGCCUGUCCCUCAUCGGGUUCAGCCUCGGCCUUGACCUCGCCGUACUCAAGAAUCCUGAGCUGUCCGACAUGUCUAUCACUCUGCAAGGAUUGUCCGUUGCCUUUGAACGACCUCCUCUCACCAUCUGCGGAAGCAUUCGCCACGGUAGCGAUCCGAAUCUCGACUACUAUGCCGGUGGGCUGAUUAUUGGGUGGAAGCCGUAUCAGGUAGAGGCGGCAGGGUUUUAUGGGCAAGCAAGCCCCGGCGGAGCAAAAGACCCGAAGGACUCUUUCAUAUCGGUAUUUGUCUUCGCCCGGCUGAACGGGCCGCUUGUUGAGCUCGAGUUUGGGGAAAUAUCCGGCGUCACGGGCGGAUUUGGUUACAAUUCCAAUGUCAAGGUCCCCACGCCCGAUCAGAUUGUCAACUUCCCGCUUAUCGAGACGAGCUCGCUCGAUGGCUCGACGGAUAGCGCCAUGAGCGCGCUGCAAAGACUGACAGACCCCGGCCAGGGGGGGUGGUUCAACCCUCUGCCUGGCACGUACUGGGCCGCAGUAGGCAUGAAGAUAGACGCGUUCCAGCUGAUUGCCCUGGAUGCCGUGGCGGUGGUGCAGUUUGGAGAGACUAUCAAGCUGGGAAUCUUUGCCGUUGCCAAUGUCGACAUUCCGAACCCAAAAUCCCCCUUCAAGUACGCCCACGCGGAGCUCGGCAUCGCCGUUGUCGUAGACUUUGCCUAUGGAGUGAUGAAAGCAGAGGCACAGCUCAGCCCCAACUCGUACAUCCUACACCCGAGCUGUCAUCUGACAGGAGGGUUCGCCCUCUACUAUUGGUUUGAUGCACCACACGCCGACCACAGCAAGACGGGAGACUUCGUCUUCAGCCUGGGAGGAUACCACCCGGCCUUCCAGAUACCCGAGGGAUACCCUAACCCCCCGAGGCUGGGAAUCACCUGGAGCCUGGGCCACGGGCUGAGCGUCUGCGGCGAGGCCUACUUCGCCAUCACGCCCAAAGCCUGCAUGGGAGGGGGCAGGCUGCAUGCCGCCCUCAGCGCGGGACCGCUCGAGGCGUGGUUCGACGCCUUUGCGAACUUCCUGAUCAACUAUCAGCCCUUCCACUUCCUCGCCGAGGCUGGUGUUGACAUCGGCGUCAAGUUCAGCAUCAACAUUUGGUUCAUCCACAUACACAUCUCCAUUGAUGUCGGAGCCGAUCUCACUAUGUGGGGGCCGCCCCUUGCCGGCCGAGUUCACGUCAACCUCAAAGUUGUCUCGUUCAACAUCAAUUUCGGCGAGGCGCAGAACCAUGUCGAGCCCCUAUCGCUGCUCGAGUUUUACGAACUCGUCCUGCAAGCCAGUGAAGGCGGUCCGGGGACCCAGCAGGACCAGACCGCCAUGGCUGAGCCCAGCGUCGCAGAGCCGGAGAGUGACGCCGCCGGCGAGGCCGAGAAGAAGUUCGUCGACGUUCCCCAAGACGAGGCACACACUUUCCUGGCCGAGUCUGGCUUGAUGAACAAGGAUGAAAAGCCGGACCGUCAGCACAAUCAAACCUGGGUCGUGCGCGGCGGCAGCUUCGUAUGCGCCAUCGGCUGCAAAGUGGCCAUCAAGAGCGCCGACCAGAUGGACGGAGACCAGAGCAUCGGUCACAUCGCACAAGACGAGGCUCUUUACGCAAGGCCCAUGAAGCUGCAGGGAGAUUCUCAGUUGGCGUCGAGCCUGCAAAUUUCCAUUACGAGGGAGGACGGAAGGGUUAUUGAGGGCUGGACAAUGGAGAAGAUCAUCAAGUCUCUUCCAGCAGGGCUGUGGGGUGAAUAUGAUUCCAGCACGGACCCCUUGAAGAGCGGCAACAACAUCGACAGUCUGCUCUCCUCUUCCGCCGGAACCAUUGACCUCUUGGCUGGCGUCCGACUAACGGCUCCGCCACCGCACAUGUCCAACGACCCCUAUCCAGUCUUUAACAUGCUCGACGCUGAGCUUGAAGAGCUUACUGCCCAGGAACCAUUUCCCGAGGACGAAGGCUCCAACGAGAACUGGGACCCCGCAGAGCCGCUGCAGACUACAGAGCAGUGGGAGCUGGUGCGGGAGAAAUGGGCGGUUCCGGACUGGGACCAAGGUACAGGACAAGUCCAGGAAGAAUUCGUCAGUGGCUGGACGGUGGCCCUGGGAUGGGAUGCAGGAUUGAGCCAGUGGGCCAAGAUACCCCAGUGGGUGAAUGCUCAAUUUGAUAGACUGUACGUCGCGGCUCCUUUGAUUACGAAAUAG